CCGCUGCCGGCACACGAAAUCCUGAAACCCCACGAAAGAUCUCAGAACCCAACCACCACUCGUACACCAUGAUCUCCUCCUCCUUCUCAACCAUGUCGUGCUUUGAUCUCUUUUCUUCACUUUCUCACUUCAUCCUCUUCCCAUCACUCUUCAUCGUUAUCAGCGUCGUCUUCUUCUUCUUCAAAUCGCCGCCGCCGUCCUCGAAGAACCUCCCGAGAGUCUACCCUAUCUUCGGCUCCUACUUCUCGUUUUUUGCCAACAUCAAACGGCGGAUCGACUGGACCGCCGACCUGGUCCGGAACUCCCCGUCGGCGACCUACGUCUUCCACCGCCCCCUCGGCCACCGCCAGGUCUUCACCGGCAAUCCUGCGAACGUCCAGCACAUCCUCAAGACCCACUUCGCCAACUACGAUAAGGGCGGGGUCUUCAAGACGACCCUCCGGGACGUCCUCGGCGAUGGAAUCUUCAAUAGCGAUGGAGAGUCCUGGAAGAUCCAGAGGCAGGUCUCCAGCCACGAGUUCAACACCCGGUCGCUGCGGAAGUUCGUCGAGACCGUCGUCGAUGCGGAGGUGAACGAGCGGCUCGUGCCUCUCUUGGCGUCCGCCGCCAAGAGCAGGUCAGUGAUAGACAUGCAGGACAUCCUCCAGAGGUUCGCCUUCGACAACAUAUGCAAGAUCGCGUUCGGGUUUGAUGCCAAGUAUCUGUCGCCAUCGCUUCCUCAGCCGAGAGCGAAGUUCGCAGAAGCGUUUGAAGACGCAGUGAGAAUAAGCAGCGAGAGGUUUCAAGUGUUAUUCUCUGUAACUUGGAGGAUCAAGCGUUUCUUCAACGUAGGAUCCGAGAAGCACCUCCGGGUCGCAAUCUCUGAAGUCCGUGAGUUUGCGAAGAAAAUUGUGAGGGAAAAGAAGAGAGAGCUGAGCGAGAAGGCGUCGCCGGAGUCAGCCGCCGACGACCUUCUGUCGCGGUUCUUGAGCUCAGGUCACUCCGAUGAGGACUUUGUCAUCGACAUCGUCAUCAGCUUCAUACUUGCCGGCCGGGACACCACAUCGGCGGCUCUCACGUGGUACUUCUGGCUGCUCCACAAGAACCCGGAGGUGGAGGCCAAAGUCCGGGGUGAGAUCAUGGAGAAGUCCGAUGCACAUGCCGCAGGGUACGAUGAUGUGAAGGAGAUGGUGUACACGCACGCAUCACUGUGUGAGAGCAUGCGGUUUUACCCGCCCGUGCCGCUUGACUCAAAGGACGCGGUGAACGACGACGUCUUGGAGGACGGCACGGUGGUGAAGAAGGGGACGACGGUGACGUAUCAUCCGUACGCGAUGGGGAGGCUGGAGCAGCUGUGGGGAAAGGACUGGCCGGAGUUCAGGCCGGAGCGGUGGCUUAGGGCGGCAGAGGACGGCGGUGAGAAGUGGGUGUUCGUUAAUAGGGACGCGUUCUCGUACCCGGUCUUCCAGGCGGGGCCGAGGGUCUGUCUGGGGAAAGAAAUGGCGUUCCUGCAGAUGAAGAGGGUGGUGGCCGAGGUGCUGCGGCGGUUCAGGGUGUUGCCCGCGGCGGAGGAAGGGGAGGAGCCGUUGUUCAUUUCGUACCUGAGCUCGAAGAUGAAGGGUGGGUUCCCGGUGAGGAUUGAGGAGAGAGAGUGAAAGGGAUAGUCAACCCUUGGAAACUAUUUUCUCUUUAAUUUUCCUUUAAUCAAGAUUCCAUAUGAGUUUGGAAGCGUACGUAAUUUUCCAUUUUUUUUUGGGAGGUAGGCCGGGGAAUAAGGUGUGUAAUAAAUUUUCCUUUAUUAUCUUUGUAUUUAUUUUCAUAUGUAUAAAGUAUUCUGAUAUCAAUAUCGAUAGAUGAUCCGCUCGUGCAAGUAAUGUACAUACUAUUGUUUUGACCUUUAACAAUGUUCUAUACUGUGAAUGUAAGAUACGGCGUGAUUGCAUUGGAUAUUUAAAACAAUUUCACCACGUGAUGGUUCAAACUUGUCUAUCAAAAUUACAAUACAUAUCGUGCAUCCGUUAUUCAGCAUAUUAAUCUUAUAAUAUGGCAUCGUGGUAAUUAUCUUCUUUUA